ACAACGGGAAACUGUGUAUUAUACACAAUUAAAUCCAGAUGUCAUCUUUCAAGUGGUGAUUAAGGAUGUUGUUGUUUUUUUUUUUUUUGGUGUUAAAUUCGGUUCACCCUUUAGACUAAUCCAGAUUCGUAAGGAUGUCGUUAUUUGCCAAAACUCUUACAAAUUUUGUUUGUCGUACAGGUUGGAAGGCUUGUAGCCUCUCACUAAUUUCUCUCUCUUGAUCAUUCCACUCCACUCUCUGCCUCUCAUUCCAACCUUAACUUCUGUGUCACUCUUCUUAUGAUCAUCGUCUUCAACUCAUCAUUGAUCACGCUCUUUUUGGUUUUUAGAGUCACAAUAGCAGGUGAUGAGAAUCGAUUCGAAGAUCUUUUGAAAUCGGGAGGGGAGCUCUCCACUUGAGCUAACUGUCACUCCCAGGCACCAUCAGGGGAUCUUAAUCUUAUAACGAAAGAUGGCAUCAGCUUUCAAAGGAAUGCUAAUCAGAACUGUCCCUGAUAGAUGCUCAGAUACACAAUUGAAAGUGAAGCACUCAGAACAGAUUGGUUAUUUGCAAGACCAAAGUUUACUUGAUUGUAACCAUUGCAAAAGUAUUCAACAUGUUCGAUUGCAGAAGAGCACAUGCCUGCAUCCAUUUUCUAGCCAUAUGAGGUCACAGGUUGUCAUGGCUCUGGUCUCCGACCCAAUUUCCACCACUAAAAAGCGAGUAUUCACUUUCGGUAAAGGAAGAAGUGAAGGCAAUAAGAGCAUGAAGUCCUUGUUGGGAGGCAAAGGAGCAAAUCUUGCAGAAAUGGCCAGCAUAGGCUUAUCUGUUCCGCCUGGGUUAACCAUAUCUACUGAAGCAUGCCAAGAGUACCAGGACCAUGGAAAAAAGCUUCCCAAAAGUUUGUGGGAGGAAAUCCUGGAGGGAUUGAGAGUGAUAGAAAAUGACAUGGGAGCUUCUCUGGGAGACCCUUCUAAGCCUCUUCUACUUUCAGUUCGUUCUGGUGCUGCGAUUUCAAUGCCUGGAAUGAUGGACACUGUCCUCAACCUUGGACUUAAUGAUACAGUGGUUGUAGGCCUAGCAGCAAAAGGCGGAGAACGAUUUGCCUACGACUCAUUUAGGCGUUUCUUGGACAUGUUUGGCGGUGUAGUCAUGGGUAUACCUCACUCAGCAUUUGAGGAGAAGUUAGAAUUGUUGAAGCAAGCAAAAGGAGUUAAGCUUGACACCGAGCUAACUGCUUCUGAUCUUAAAGAGCUUAUAGAGGAGUACAAGAAUGUGUAUCUUGAAGUCAAAGGAGAGACUUUCCCUGCUGAUCCAGAGAAACAACUUCAGUUAGCUAUUCAAGCAGUAUUUGAUUCCUGGGACAGUCCACGGGCUAUUAAGUAUCGGAGCAUCAACCAGAUAUCUGGGUUGAAAGGGACUGCAGUUAAUAUUCAGUCUAUGGUGUUUGGCAACAUGGGAAAUACUUCAGGGACAGGUGUUCUUUUUACGCGAAACCCAAGCACUGGUGAAAAGAAGCUCUAUGGGGAGUUUUUAGUUAAUGCUCAGGGAGAAGAUGUAGUUGCUGGCAUUAGAACACCUGAAGAUUUGGACACCAUGAAAAGCUGCAUGCCUGAAGCCUAUAAGGAACUUGUGGAGAACUGUGAAAUUUUGGAACAACAUUACAAGGAUAUGAUGGAUAUUGAAUUCACUGUUCAAGAAAAUAGGCUGUGGAUGUUGCAAUGCAGAUCUGGUAAGCGAACCGGGAAAGGUGCAGUGAAAAUAGCUGUCGACAUGGUGAAUGAAGGAAUAGUUGACACUCGAACUGUUAUUAAGAUGGUAGAACCUCAACAUCUUGAUCAACUUCUUCACCCUCAGUUUGAAGACCCAUCUGCAUAUAAAGACAGAGUGAUUGCCUGUGGACUGCCAGCAUCUCCUGGAGCUGCUGUGGGGCAGAUUGUAUUCAGUGCUGAGGAUGCUGAAGCCUGGCAUGCUCAAGGGAAUAGUGUCAUUCUGGUGAGGACCGAAACUAGUCCAGAGGAUGUAGGGGGCAUGCAUGCAGCUGUUGGAAUCUUGACUGCAAGGGGUGGAAUGACAUCUCAUGCUGCUGUUGUGGCUCGUGGUUGGGGAAAGUGUUGCAUUUCAGGGUGUUCUGAGAUCCAAGUGAAUGAUACUAACAAGGUUCUUGUGGUUGGAAACAAAGCAAUAUCUGAAGGCGAGUGGCUUUCUCUUAAUGGAUCAACUGGCGAAGUGAUCUUAGGGAAAGAACCACUAUCACCUCCUGCUCUCAGUGGGGACCUGGAAAUCUUCAUGUCAUGGGCUGAUAACAUACGACGCCUUAAGGUCAUGGCAAAUGCAGAUACUCCAGAAGAUGCAUUAGCAGCAAGAAACAAUGGUGCUGAAGGAAUUGGACUUUGUAGGACUGAGCACAUGUUCUUUGCUUCAGAUGACAGGAUAAAGACAGUGAGGAAGAUGAUAAUGGCAAUAACUCCUGAGCAGAGGAAAGUAGCUCUGGAUCAGCUAUUACCUUAUCAGAGAUCGGACUUUGAGGGGAUUUUUCGAGCCAUGGAUGGGCUUCCAGUUACAAUAAGGUUGCUAGACCCUCCACUUCAUGAAUUUCUUCCAGAAGGUGACUUGGAACAAAUUGUGAAUGAACUGGCAUCGGAAACUGGGAUGGCAGAAGAUGAAGUCUUCUCUAGAAUAGAAAAGUUAUCAGAAGUCAAUCCCAUGUUGGGUUUUAGGGGCUGCAGGUUGGGAAUAUCAUACCCUGAACUAACUGAAAUGCAAGCACGUGCAAUAUUCCAAGCUGCAGUUUCAAUGAGCAACCAGGGUAUUGCAGUUCUUCCUGAGAUUAUGGUUCCUCUUGUCGGAACACCACAGGAGUUAGGGCAUCAAGUGAGUUUGAUACGAGAAGUAGCGACAAAGGUAUUUUCUGAGAUGGGUUCUUCCUUAAAAUACAAGGUGGGAACAAUGAUUGAGAUCCCAAGGGCAGCUUUAAUUGCAGACGAGAUUGCAAAGGAAGCAGAAUUCUUCUCUUUUGGAACAAAUGAUCUCACACAGAUGACAUUUGGGUAUAGCAGAGAUGAUGUUGGGAAGUUCCUUCCUGUAUACUUGUCAAAAGGCAUACUGCAAACUGACCCCUUUGUGGUUCUCGACCAAAAAGGUGUGGGCCAACUCAUCAAACUUGCAACCGAGAAAGGUCGUGCUGCUAGGCCUAGCUUGAAGGUGGGUAUAUGUGGAGAGCAUGGGGGAGAGCCUUCAUCUGUUGCAUAUUUCGCCGAAGCUGGACUUGAUUAUGUUUCAUGCUCGCCAUUCAGAGUUCCCAUUGCUAGACUAGCUGCUGCUCAAGUUGCUGUUUGA